AUGGGUGAGUGUAGUAAGACUAAUGAGGGGGGUAGUAAGACUAAUGAGGGUGUAGCUUCUUCCUCUGAUGGAAGUCCUACCACAAACGACAUCACCACCACUAACAACAUCACCCUCAGUGAUGCCUGCAGUGAAGGAUUCAAGACACGCUUAGAGGGAGUAGCAGAUACAUGGUUUAAUCUCAGGGGUAAGGACAAAACAGAUAAGGCGCACAUGAAGGACUUUUGGGAUGACGUGAACAAAGAUGGGAAAGAUCUUAUGGACAGAGUACUUCAACAGAAUAAAGAUGCUGACCAGUACUGCAAUGACGGUAACGGGAAGAAUGGUGCACUGAAUGAAAAGGAGAAAGCUGCAUGCAAGCUUGUUGCUGGGGGGUUACAUCAUCUAUACAGUAUUCAGCUGGAAUAUAAACCAAAAGAGCAGGAGAACCCUAAAGAGAACCAAAAAUUUCAGCAACUGGUAGCAUGUAUGAUGCUAAAUUCUCUUAUAAAGAAAUUAGAGGAGGAGGAAAAAUCUUCCUGCUCCGUAGAGCAAGGCAUACAGAAGGCCUUUAAUUCUAAUAAUCGAAUUAAAAGUGCUGCAUGCACAGGUCAGUACAGUUGUGAUGAUUGUACGAAGGAAGACUACUCAGAAUGUACAGUAAGCGGAAUAAAGGUAAAGGACAAGUUGGAUGGGAUCCUUAGACAGAAGGAGAGCGAAAUAAAGAAAGCUUUAAGUUCUCUAAAUACCUUAUGUCACCGUGUAGACUGCGCAAUAAAGAAAUGGGAAGGGAAUAGGCAAAAAACGGCAGACUGGAGUGCGACUGACAAUAAUAUACAGGGUGACGUCAAGCAUAACUUAGGACAGAUGUCCAAGGAGAUGAACGAGGGUGACACAGCCGCUGAUAGUCCAUGCGACCCAACUGCAUGGAAAGAUAGUUCACUAACUGAAAAAGACAGAGAGGCUUGCAGGUACAUUAACAGGGGGUUAAAGCAUAUCUACAGCAUUAUUCAAGAAACAGAUGAUAAGGACAAAGAUGGGAGGCCAUCGCCCGAUAAUAAAAUAUUUAAACAAACCAUGUUAUGUGCUGCACUAAAUGCCUAUGCAGAUCUCCUUCAGGAGAAAGCAAAGAGCACAUGCCCUGUAGACGAGGACAAAAUAAAACAAAUGUUUAGUAAAGGAAAUGAACAGAUGAAAACUUGGUGUACGGACAGCGAUAAGGGUGGUUGUGUUGAAUGUAGAAGGGACGUAACAUAUAGAGAUUGUAUAGUAGGCGAUAAGGGCAACAAUAGAACCAAUGUAAAGGAGAAAUUGGAAACAAUGCUCAACAGCGAUAGAAACAUAACACAAACUCUAACUGCUGUAACUACUAUAAAUAACUUCUGCACACGCAUAAAUUGCGUAAGCAAGAAAUGGGGUGUAAACAAUAAAAAGAGUCCAACCUGGAGUGAAAUGCAGGAGGACAUUAAGAAGGAGGCCACAGAUAUGUUUAAUAAAAUAUCUACGAAUAGCAAAAGUAUGGGAGGUCACUGUACUGAUACAGCUCAAACUAGUAAAAUAGUCACUGCCCCAGAGAAGACAGCAUGCCAAUACAUUACUGCAGGUUUGAAGCACAUUUAUGGUAUUGAAGAAGGGAAAGGUGAAAGUCAUGCCAAGGACAACAGAGAGUUCAAACAAACCAUGUUAUGUGCAGUAUUGAACGCAUACAUAGAUGAAUUGAAACAUAAGGUUAAAGCCCCCUGUAAGGUCGAUGAGCAAACAAUAGAUCAAGUAUUUGAUAAAGGAAAUGCAAAAAUGAGUGAGUGGUGUGCGGUUAAGAGUAGUGGUGGUAACUGUGUUGAAUGUAAGAGGGUACCCAAUCUAAAGUGCAAAGUAGGAGAUAAACAAGUAGAAGAUGAAAUGAAGACAAUGCUCACCAGUGAUACAAAAAUAACAGAAACUUUCACUAACAUAAAAUCUCUAAAUAAGAACUUAUGUGAUAGCGCCCAAUGUGUAAUAUCACAGUGGACCAGGGACAGAAGGGAAGAGCGCAAAUCGGAAAAGGGAAAAGACGAGUAUGAAGCCUGGGAUGAUUUCAAUAAUGAAUUAGGAAGGCUCUCUAAGGGUAUACUUGAAAAAAGUACAAAUAUGGGUCAGUAUUGCAAAGGCCUUAGUGGAGCAGAAAAAAGGGCAUGUACUUACAUUACUGCAGGAUUAAAGCAUAUUUAUGAAAUUAAAGAAGAAGUGAACGGACAGGACCAGUCUGAGCAGCGCAGAAAAAAUGACAAAAUAUUUAAACAAACUAUGGCCUGUCUAGCAUUAAAUGUAUACGGAAAACUUCUUGAGGAAAAGUGCCCUACCGCCCGGGAUGCCGUACAAAAGGCCUUUACUGACAAUAAUAACCUCCACCAAACGGAAUGUACGCAGGGUAUAUGUCAAAAAUGUGAAUGGGACGAAUGUUCAAAUUCUAAAAGUGGACAGAAUGACAGCCGACGGGAAGAAAUAAAAAAAAGACUCGGGGAGGAUGACAACAUAAAACAAACUCUAACUACUAUAAGUGAUUUAUGUAAAGACUGUAGCAACGAAAAGGAUCUAUGUCAGCGUGCACAAUGCGGAACAGUAAAAUGGUUUGAUAACAGAAUAGGUAACAGCGGGAACAAACAAACCUGGUGUACAUUUUGGGGGGAUAAAGACGUCGGAAAAUUAUUGGAUAAUCUGUCUAAGGCUAUGACCAAUCCAGAUACAGGAGACGGCGGUAUAUGCAAAGACCUUGGGAAGGAGAAAGGUGGUACAGAAUAUAAGGAAGCAAAUAGGAAAGCUUGUGAAUACAUUGUUAAAGGUUUAGAACACAUAUAUAAGAUUGGGCCAUAUGGGGAUUGGAAUGAUACUGAGAAAAAAAAGGACAACCAAAUAUUUGGUCAAACUAUGUCUUGUGUCUUCUUGAACUUAUACGCAGAUAUGUUGGAAAAGCAGAAAUGUAAGCCGGAGGCAGGUAUAAACCAUGCCUUUUUUAAGUAUGAAGAAAUUAAGAAAGGAACUCUAUGCAAGACAGAUACUAACUGUGUUAAAUGUAAAAGGCAAAAAAAUUUUGGUUGCGCACUAAGUGUGACACAAGAUCUGUUCGAUGAAGAAAAUAGUAAAAAGUGCAUGGCGGACAAUAAUAAUAUAGAAAAGAAAGUAGAAAAAAUGCUUAGUAACAAUAGCAGAGUAAAAAGAACUCUGAACAGCAUAUGCAGAGAUUGCAGCAAAAAGGAUAAAUUAUGUGAACGUUUGGAGUGCGUGGCGAAAAAUUGGUUUGAAGACAGAAUAAAUAAAGACGAGGGAAAACAGAACUGGUGUAAAUUUUGGGAUCCGGACGCCAGAAGUAGACUGAAUGAAAUAUCUAAAAAAAUGGUGGAGAAACACGCAACCAUGGGUACACUGUGCGAGAGCACUGUUGGAAAGAACACUACACUGAAUGGAACAGGGAAGAAAGCAUGUCAAUACAUUUUUGCAGGGUUAAAGGGUAUUUAUAGCGCUGAGGAGAAUGCGAAUGAGCCAAACAAAAAGAAAGCAAGGAAUAAUAGACUAACAAGUCAAACCAUGUAUUGCCUAUUCCUCAACGCUUAUGCGGACAAAUUGAUACAAGAGGUUAAAUCCCCAUGUAAUAUUACAGAAGAAGAAAUAAAAGAUAUGUUUAAGGAAGGAAAUAAAAUGAGGGUUGAAUGGUGUAAGGAUGAGAAGACUGAUAAAGACAUGGAAUGUGUUGAAUGUAAAAGGGAUGAUAGUUAUAAAAAGUGCACACUAGGCGUGGAUACUUCCCUCCGGAAUGCAAAUGCAGAAUGCGACACUGACAAAGAUAAUAUAGAAAAAAAAGUGCAGGAAGUGUUCAAGAAAGGGAAAACUGACACCGAAAAGCAGGAAAUAAAGAAAGCUUUGGAUGCUCUAACUGCCCUAAAUACUAUAAAUAAUACCUUAUGUGCACGUGCAAACUGUGUAACAAUUAAUUGGUUUAAAGACCGGAAAAAUUCAGACACGGACAAACAGGACUGGUGUACAUAUUGGGAUACAGACUUCAAGAAUAGACUGAAGGAACUAUCUAAAGAUAUGACCAAUAAUAGUGAAUCUAUGCAGAAUGAGUGUAAUGAUUUUAAGGGGGAGGAUGGCUCAGAUGAUGAUGCUAAUAAAAAAGCAUGUCAGUUAAUUACUGCUGGUUUAAAACAUAUAUAUGGCAUUCAGAAGAGUGAAGUCAGUAAAACAAACAAAAGCCACGAAGAAAUAGCGAAGGAAGAAAAGAAGGCUGCUGAUAAUGUGCAGUUUGAGCAAGUUAUGAAGUGCAUUCUAUUAAACGUUUAUGCCGAUAAAUUGGAACAACAGAAGUGUAUAGACAAGAAUGUUAUAACGGAUGCCUUCACUAAAAGUGGAGACAUUAAACGUAGCACAUCUCCAUGUAGCACUGAGGGUGUUCAUUGUUUUGAAUGCAAAAGGUAUAAAAGCUAUGCAACUUGCACACUAAGUGUGAACGAAGACCUGCGAAAUAAGCAAAAUACGGGAAAGUGCGACAUAGGCAAAGACAGUGACAGAGCCCAGAUGGGAACCACAUUGAAUAAAUUGUUAGAGAAAGGAAAGGAAGAAAAUCCGGAAAUAAAGAAUGCUCUGGAAGCAAUAACUAACAUAUGCCCACCCCCCAAACCCCCACCAUGGCUUACGAAAAAUUGUACAAUCGAAGGGCUGCAGGAAGAUGAAGACCUCGAUAUAGGAGAAUGGUUCACAAAAUUAAACAACACACCGAUUGAAGAGAACGGAGGAUACUAUGAUUGGAACUGGUGGCAGGCCUUAUCAGCGUUGUGUGCAGAUAAUGACGGUGAAUUAGGUGUAAAGUUCAAUCAGAAGAGUAAGGAAUUCUGCGAACUAUUAAUAAAAAAUCUAUUAAUGACAAUUGGAGAGAAGGAAUUCUCGUGUGAGAAAAAUAAAGGAAAAAAGGCAAAGGCAAGUGGUGAGUGCAUUACACGGUGUGACCUCUUCAACUUGUGGUUAAUAUAUGCGAAAAAUAAUUGUAUGCAGGAAGAAAAUGUUGAGUAUGCAUAUAAGGCAAUGAUGAUUGUAGAGAGUAUAUUGAAUAAUGGGAACAGAGGUAAAGAAUGUGAAUUAUGGAAAAUUAGUGAUAUUAAUAGGAAUGAAGCGGAUUUAGUAAAUUUGAUUACAGAAAGUUUAAUGUGUAAACAUAGGAAAGGGGAAUUAGGCGAAAUUCAUGGGAAGAACUGGUGUAGGGAUGAAAGUAAAAGGACCACUGUAGACGCAGAAACACAGAGGACACCAAAAUUAAAGAACGCAAAGGAUAGUUCUGAAGUGGACACAUUACUAAAGGAGUUAAAGGAUUUAGAGGGGAAUGUUCAGGAUAAACUGAAGGAAGUAAAAGAAGAAGUAUGGAAAGUAAAGGAGAAGGACCCAAAACUGGAAGAAAAAAUAAAACAGAAAGUAUUGAAAAUAGAAGCACAGGUUAAUCCGGUGCCAGUACAGAAAACACCACCCUUAAGUGAUGACUGUAAAGACAAAAGUAAAACCUUAUGUCAGCGCGCUGAUUGCGUAGCGAAGAAAUGGGCAAGCAACAGGAAAAGACAGGAGAGUGAAGCAUGGGGUGAUAUUGAAUACAGGACCAAACAUAUGUUUGGUGAAAUAUCUAAGAAUAAUGAAACUAUGGGAACUUAUUGUAAUAUUAAAGGGUCAAAUAUUAAAAUAGUCACGGACACAGAGAAAAAAGCUUGCCACUACAUUACUGCAGGUUUAAAGUAUAUAUAUAAUAUUCAGAAGGAAAAAGGCGAUACCUACCCUGAUGAUGACCACUUAUUUAAGCGAACUAUGGCCUGCCUCCUCCUAAACGCAUAUGCAGAUAAGUUGGAACGGGAGGUUAAACCCCCCUGUAAGGUCGGCGAAGAUACAAUAGGAGAAGCAUUUGACGAAGGAAAUAAAAAUAAGGAUACUUGGUGUUUGGACACUGAUAAGAAGAAUUGUAUUCAGUGUGAGAGGGUCAAGGACUUAGGUUGUAAUGUGGGUGGAACAGGAGUGAAGGAAAAGUUGAAGACAAUACUCGACAACGAUGACAACAUAACGCAAACUCUAACUACUAUAAAUGCUAUAAAUAAGAACUUAUGUGAUGGCGCCCAGUGUGUAACAACACAGUGGACCAGAGACAGAAGGGAAGGGAACCAAAAGAAGUGGGAGUAUGAAAUUUGGGACGAUGGGGACAUGGGGAAAUUAUUGACUGAACUGUCUGCUGCUAUAACAGAGAAGAAUGGAACUGAUUCAAGUUUAUGUGAAAAAAUUCAGGAUGGAAAUAGUGCACUUUCGGAAGCAAGUAAAAAAGCAUGUCAAUAUAUUACUAAAGGUUUAAAGCAUAUAUACAGCCUCCAGGGGGAUAGUGCUAAGAACAAUACUGAGCACAAGGAAAAUAACAAAAUAUUUAAACAAACUAUGGCCUGUCUAAUAUUGAAUGAAUACGGAAAACUUCUUGAAGAAAAAUGUGUCACUAGCGGAGUUGCACAAAAAUCUUUUACUCUUGGAGGAAAUCUUCACGGAAUUGAUGAAUGUAAGGAACCUCCAUGUAAUCCAUGUAAUUGGGACGAAUGUACAAAAUUUAAAAUUGGAAGCGAAAAACAACGGGAAAGAAUAAGGAGGGAGCUCCAGGCGAAUGACCAAAUAAAUGAUACUCUGACUGUUAUAGAUACUUUGUGUAAGCAGAGUAAGGCGGAGCCUGAAGUGAGUAAUACAGUAACUAAAACAUCUGAGGACACUACUUCUGUAAGUACUCCUGAAAGUACUACGGGAACUCCCGCGGGUAGUUCAGAAGUAGACACUUAUCAGAAGGUACCCGAAAUAAAGGAAGAAAUUAAACCAGGUGAGUGCAAAGACAGGGACAAUCAUGAUGGGGGUGUAUGCCUUAAUGCCCAAGUACCUAUUGGUGUCCCGUAUAGUGUUGAUUCCCAAACUCAAAGCACAGGUACUGCCACACCGACUCCCAGGUCCCAAGCUCCAGACGGGGAGCCCGGUUCUUCUGGUCUCGGCAGUACUGGAACCUGGAAACCUGGUUCCUCUGGACCAGGUUCCACGGGAACCUGGAACCCAGGUUCGUCUGGUCCAGGUGGUGUCCCGGGUGCGGGUGUCAGUCCCGAGAGUGUUGGUGAUAAUAGUCAAGGUAGUGGUGGUGGAGGUGCUGGAAUUCCCGGUAUUGGUGUUCCCGGAGCAGGUAUCCCUGUUGUUCCUGGUGCAGGGAUUCCCGGAGCUGUUAGUCCUCCUGCUGUUCCAGAUUCUGCUUCAGGUGCUAGUCUAGGUGGUCCAGGUGGGCCAGGUGGGCCAGGUGUUGCUGCAGGUGGAGGAGGUGGUGGUGGUACUGGUUCCACUGGAACUUGGAAUCCAGGUUCUUCCGGUACAGGUUCUACUGUUAAUGAGAACACUGGUAGUCCAAGGCCGGUUCCGGGUCCGGGUCCACCUCCUCCAGGAAAACCUCAAGGACCACCACAACAAACAGCAUCAACGAAAACAACAUCAUCAACCACAAGGAUUACACCAGCAGAGGAUGGAACAGCUAUAGUUAUACCGAAGGCUAUGAAGGUAAAGAAGAUAACGGAGGAAGGGAUGAUUGACCCUUCCGAUUUGCUUCCAUACCUUCCUACCAUUCCUGUUUUCAUUGGUCUUUCUGCUAUGAUCUACCUCCUCUGGAAGUAUUUUUUCCUCGGUAAAAGAAGAAAACGUUAUAGAAGAGCUCAUCAAGAACCUCCUCCAUCCUUGGAAGAACAAAUUAUUGAUCAUGUGGACCAUCAUCUUGGUCCAUAUGGAUAUACCUUAGUAAAAAAACGUAAACAACCAAGAUCUACUCCAACGGAAAAAAGGAGGAGGACAAAACGUGCUGUUGGUCGUCGUCCUGUUGUUCGACGUACCAUUAUUGAUAUUCAUUUAGAAGUAUUAGAUGAAUGUGAAAAGGGGGAUCUGUAUUCGACGAAGGAAGAUUAUUUUACCAUUCUUGUUGAAGAAUUUAUGGGAAGCAAUUUUAUAGAGGAAGACUUUGUUCCUACAGAAGAUAUUCCUAAGGAACAGGUUCCAAGUUCAGAUUCCGGGUUUAGGGAGGAAGGCUUUGUUCCUAAGGAAGAUGUCUUUAAGAAAGUUGUUUCUGAAGUUAAUGUUCCUAAGGAGAUGUUUUAG